CACCUUCUUCCCCUUAUAAUUACUCUCCAAAUUUUCGAGCAGAUUUUAAAUCAUCGUCCUCCUCCUUCUCCUCCCUCUCUCUCCUUCUCUCAUCUUCUUAUUCUUUCAUUUUUUUUGCUUCCAUAUAUAAGUACGUAUUUGUGCUUCCUUCCCUUCCCUUCCCUUCCCUUCCCUUCCCUUGCCUUGUUUGGAAGGGAAUAUUGCAGAGAGAAAAGAGAAGGGAAGAGAGGCGAGGAGAGGAGAGGAGAGGGGGUUGAUGGUGAAUGGUGAAGUCUCUUACAAGACAUUAACAGCAACAAUGACUACUACCAAUUCAUCUUCCUGUCUCUCUUCCACUUCCAAUGAGAAGAAGCACUGGUGGCUCAGCACCCGAAAGAUUGUGGAAAAGUAUAUGAAAGAUGCCAGAAGCCUGAUUGCGACCCACGAAUACAGCGAGGUAGCAUCGGCGGUGGGCCUUCUGGACGCGGCUCUCGCCAUCUCCCCGCGCCUGGAGGAAGCCCUCGAACUCAAGGCCAGGUCUCUCCUCUAUCUCCGCCGCUUCAAGGAGGUCGCCGAUAUGCUCCAGGACUACAUUCCCAGCCUCAAAAUGGCAACCGACGACUCUUCCUCCUCCUCAUCCUCCGGUGGCUCUGACAAUUCGUCUCAGCCGCAUUCCCGUGAGCGAGUCAAACUUCUCUCCUCCAACAGCGGCAACUCGUCCUCCAGCUCGCCGGAUCGGGAUCCUUCCUUCAAGUGCUUCUCUGUCUCGGACUUGAAGAAGAAGGUGAUGGCAGGCCUCUGUAAAAACGGCGACAAGGAAGGGCAUUGGAGGUAUUUGGUUCUGGGCCAGGCGUGUUACCACCUUGGCCUAAUGGAGGACGCCAUGGCUCUUCUCCAGACCGGGAAACGCCUCGCGUCCGCCGCAUUCCGCCGCGAAAGCAUAUGCUGGUCCGACGACAGUUUCUCUCUUUCCAGCUUCAAUCUCUCUAACGACACAGUCUCUUCCGCCAACGUACCCGCCACGCCUCCUAGGAUGUUAUCCGAGUCCGAAACCGUUACCCAUCUCCUUAGCCACAUUAAGCUCCAUCUCCGCCGCCGAACAGCCGCAAUCGCUGCCCUCGACGCAGGCCUUUACUCAGAGGCCAUCCGCCACUUCUCCAAAAUCGUGGACGGCCGGCGUGGAGCCCCACAGGGAUUCCUGGCAGAGUGCUACAUGCAGCGCGCCUGCGCUUUCCGGGCGGCGGGACGGAUCGCUGAGGCGAUCGCGGACUGCAAUCGGACUCUGGCUCUUGAGCCGAGUUAUAUACAAGCAUUGGACAGGAGAGCCUCACUUCUGGAGACCAUCAGGUGUUUGCCGGAUUGCUUACAUGACCUGGAGCACUUGAAGCUUCUGUACAAUUCCAUCUUGAGGGAUCGGAAGCUGCCGGGGCCGGCGUGGAAGCGGCACAACGUGAGAUACAGGGAGAUUCCGGGGAAGCUGUGUUUGCUGACGACCAAGAUACAGCAAUUGAAGCAGAGGGUGGCUUCAGGGGAAACAGGGAACGUGGAUUACUAUGCUUUGAUUGGGUUGCGACGCGGGUGUUCGAGGUCUGAGUUGGAGAGAGCGCAUUUGCUGCUCUGUUUACGACACAAGCCCGAUAAGGCUACCAUUUUCAUUGAUCGGUGUGAGCUGGCGGAUGAUCGGGAUGUGGAUUCAAUUAGGGAUAAAGCGAAGAUGUCGGCUCUGUUGCUUUACAGAUUGCUGCAAAAGGGUUAUUCAAACGUGAUGGCAACCAUCACGGAGGAGGAGGCAGCGGAGAAACAGAGGAAGAAGACGGCAGCUGCAUUACAGGCAGCUCAAGCCGCAGUAAUUCAAGUGCAAGUGUCCCAAACCCAAGCCCAAGAAUCUCGAAUGGAAUCCUCCUCCUCUUGUUCUUUCAAUUCUAGCAAUAGGAACGGUAGUAAUCAUAACAACAACAAUACGCACUCCUCGUCAGCGGAAGCGAAAGCAGCGGCGGCAGCGUCGUUCCAAGGGGUGUUUUGCAGAGACAUUGCGGUGGUGGGGAGUUUGCUGUCGCAGGUUGGAUUUAACCGCCCAAUUCAAGUCAAGUAUGAGGCAUUGAGUUGCUGAUUGGAAAAUUGCAAGUAUAUUUCCGGCGGGAAGGAUCUUGCUUCAGUUUGUUUUCUCUGUACAAAAAAGCCGGGAAAUUUUGUCACCAUUUUUUCCAUUAUCCUUAUCUACUACUACUAGUAGCUACUACGGUGUUGGACUGGUACAUGUACAAAUUUUCUACUUUUUAAUUUUUCGCUUUAGCUUAAAA